UUUGUUUUAAUUAUUAUUAUUAUUAUUGGUCAGAAAAAUAUAUAUAUAUAUAUAUAUAUAUUACAAUUAUUUCAUUCAGUUACCCCUAAUACACAAAUAAAUCACAGAGAUGUGCAUAACAAUUACUAACAGGUGCGUAUUAGGUAUUGACAAAUGACGUUAUCCUUUUACUGAUUUUAAGGGAAGGCUAACUGUUUACAGACUACAGACAGUUCCCAACUUUAAACAUGUUCCUGUUUACAGGUUCAGAACUGCUAACCAAGGUCCGGAACCAUCGUAGGAUGCAGUGAAGUGAUUAGAAGUAAAGCAUCGUUGUUUUCUGUAUAUGGGAAGAUUCUGUUAGUGCACUGUGUAACCUAAAUGGCCAGUGGGUUGGUAACAUCUCAAUGGGCCUAGGCUUGGAGCUUUUGCAACAAAUUGGGAUAGAUGAGACAACAUCAUACAAUCUAUUAAAGGUUCAGAGGUUUUCGAAGAUCACUUCAUGUCUGUAUCAGAGCACUCUCUGACAGCCUCAACCUAGGGGCUGAUCAGCCCACUCUUUCCUCUAUCGGGCAUCCCAGCAACAUCUGAACAAGUGCCUUCCAAGCAGGAUACCUUACCACUACCUGCUGUUCAAAGAAUUAAUCCUUACCGAUCCAAGUGGCUCCGAACUCAUUUGGAUAAAUGGGUAUCCAACAUCGAGCGAGAGAAGCAAGGUUUUAGUUGAACCGUCCUUAUGACCAACAUGAGCUGGAGCUUUCUCACCCGUCUUCUGGAAGAAAUCCACAACCACUCCACCUUUGUGGGGAAAGUAUGGCUGACUGUUCUUAUCGUCUUUCGCAUUGUGCUGACAGCAGUCGGAGGGGAGUCCAUCUACUCGGACGAACAGACCAAGUUCACAUGCAACACCAAGCAACCUGGAUGUGACAAUGUCUGCUACGAUUCCUUCGCCCCCCUGUCCCACGUCCGUUUCUGGGUCUUUCAGAUCAUCAUGAUCUCAACACCUUCCAUCAUGUAUCUGGGCUACGCCAUCCACAAAAUCGCCCGCUCAUCUGAGGAGGAGAGGAGGAGGUUCAAGAAGUUCCGGAAGAAGCCCCACACCAUUAAGUGGAAAGCCACCCAAACUCUGGAUGAGGUGCUGGAAGAGGAAGAGGAGGAGCCCAUGGUCUAUGAGGACACACUGGAGGUGCAUGAGAUGAAGCCAGAGAGCAAAGUGCAGGGCAGGGAACAGGUGAAGCACGACGGCCGGCGUAGAAUCAUGCAGGAAGGACUGAUGAAGAUUUAUGUCCUCCAGCUUCUGGCCCGAGCUAUUUUUGAGGUGGCUUUUCUCGGGGGCCAGUAUCUUCUAUAUGGCUUCAAGGUCAGCCCAUCGUACAUCUGCGCCAAGAACCCCUGCCCUCACCAGGUGGACUGCUUUGUGUCCAGGCCCACGGAAAAGACCAUCUUCCUCCUGAUCAUGUACGUGGUCAGCUGCUUGUGCCUGUUGCUGAACAUCUGUGAGAUGUUCCACUUGGGUAUCGGCAGCAUCCGGGACAUCAUCCGCAACAGGAGGAACAAGGGCAAGCGCCCGUCCUACAGCUACCCCUACCCCAGGAACAUUCCUUCAUCGCCCCCUGGGUAUAACCUGGUGGUCAAGUCGGAUAAACCCAUCAAGAUCCCCAACAGUCUGAUCACACACGAGCAGAAUUUGGCUAACGUGGCACAAGAGCAGCAGUGCACCAGCCCCGAUGAAAAUAUUCCCUCUGAUCUGGCUAGCCUGCACAGGCACCUCAGGGUUGCCCAAGAGCAGUUGGACAUGGCCUUUCAGACCUACAACAGCAAAAAAGAUGCACAGCCUUCAAGAACCAGCAGCCCGGCCUCUGGCGGGACUGUGGUGGAGCAGAACCGAGUCAAUACAGCCCAUGAGAAACAAGGGGAACGGCCAAAAUCCAGCACAGAGAAAGCAGGGUCUAUCAUUAAAGAUGGAAAGACGUCUGUGUGGAUUUAACUGUACAUUCUGUACUUUUACAACUUGUUUUGUAAUGGACUGUGUUUAAAAAACAACAAAACAAAAAAAAGGUAACAGCAGUUUUCCGAGAGCUAUUUAAAUGAUGAUGUUUGUGAAAAGGAUUGUUUUUUUAGGAACCCAGUGAAUAGGGCAUUAGGUUUUGGAGGAGCCUGUAAAGAUUUGGAUAUGGUGACAUGCAGAGUUCUUGAGUUGAACUCCUAUCAACCAUCAACAACUUGUAUGUAGCACUUCUACUGCCAAGACAUCUCAAAACAAUGUACAAAAGAAAUGCAAAAAUUGAGAUUAUCUACCAAUGCGACCUAUUAAAAGCAAACUGCAGACAUUUUUUUGACAUGAUAGUGCUACCACAAUAACACACUACCGUCUAACCCGAUUAAGUUUAAAACCUAUUUUUCGCAAAUAUUUAUACACUUAAACGGAGUAUACAAUUAAGUGGGUUGGUGAUCUGCAAUUCCAAUUAAUUUAAAAAAAAUGGAGCCUUCAAUCAGGCCAACAAUUAAUUGUUUUACUUGAAUAAGAAAACACAGAAUUAUCAGUUUGGGGUGUAAAAAAAAAAAAACAACUGGAUGAUAGUAACUUUUUUUCAGAUUUAUUGAAGGUUUAAUAAAAUGUAAACAUUAGAUUAGGAAGACUGCUGUUACCUUUCUUUGUGAUGGAUUAGAACCAUGAGAGUUCUGGAGUGUAUUGUCAAAGAGACUUGUCGUCAUGGAGACAGAGUGCUACUGGAACAAUGCUGUCGGCCCUGAACGCUGUUUAUUAGAAAUCAUAUUGUCAGCACCAGUCAAACAGGAAAUCCUUCAACUUGCUAUUUUAAGGUAUUAGGUGGAUAUAUGCCACUAUUGCUCCUACACAAGGGUAAACAUAAUUCAUAUAAUGAAACUUAGGAUAUCUCAAAAAUGAUUGUAGUGCUGGCUAUAUUAUGGUUCUUUGUCUGAAUGUGUCAUUUAGCUACUAUGUCAGGUAAAUGUAGAACCCACAUUUAAUAUUCAUAAUUCUAUCCAAACACCCCAAUUUGAUAGCAUUUUAAUGUGAGGGAGACCUUACGGUAAAAGAAUAAACUCACUAAUCUAACAGAAUGGAUGGUUAGGCUUACUCUAGAUCUGACACCCUGAUGCCCUCUACUGGAUGCUGGAUUUAGUAUUUAUUUCCUAUGGCUUGUAAAGACUCUUUUUAUGUUAAAAUAAAACCAAAAUGUCUUCCACUUAUGCAA